AUGGCAAAUAAUGGAAUGUUCAAAAUUGACAGAACCCACCUUCCAUCUAGCAGUGGCGUUGAAUUUUGCAAAAACACCAACAGCGGUCAAUGUACAAAGGCAGAGGAUGCUGCCACUAAGUCUAGCCAUACCAUCUAUCCAGGUAGGCUUUGUGCCAAAAAGGAAUAUUCCAAUUUAGCUGAGAGGAUGGACAGUGAUCAUAAUAAUGAUACCGAUGUACAAAAAUGUAGCAAUUUCAAUUCUGCAUCACUCCUCGUCUACCCACACAUUUUAUCAAGGCAGCAUUUGCUAACAAUCUUUGAUCAGAGAGAAAUUAGCGUUGAUCGUAGUCUGGAUAAGAUUGCUCUUCUUAAACUGUACCAACAAUAUAUUAUGCCUCGAGCUAAACGAUCAGAGCGUCCAUUAUCGAUGCAAUUGCAAGCUAGAAAUCAAUCUGAUCAUUCACUUACUACGCCAUCCACAAAUCAAGCGGAUAAUUUAUGCAACUCUCAGCUAUUUACGACAGGUGAAGCGACUGCCAACUGGAUCAAUGAUGAGGAUUCUACGCUUGGUAGAACUUCCAAUCGUCAUGAUGUUCAUAAUGGCGAUCUAACAAGUGAUUUUAUUGACAAUACAAGUAAACCUAAUCAUCAAAUCAAUAGUCAACGCAAGAGGGCACUGAAAGUCGUGCAACAGGGAACAAUGGCGUAA